GGAAUAUUUAUAGAAGCAUUGACAAGCCAAGGAAUUAAUAUCAAUCCCCAUUCUUUUCCUUCCAAUCUAUCCAGGGAGCUGUUCUCAUGGUGUUGAAUUCUCAUCUCCAUUUACCAAAUUUUCAUUUUCUACUCUGUAUAUGGAUGCCCAUUUUCUUAUUUAUUCCCAUAACAAUGAAAUCCUUUGCCACUUCAUUAAAGUUAACCUACACCAGCUUUGAUUCAAACCAUCCUGAUAUUUACACAGAGAUUAAUACUACCGUUGGCACAACAGGUAUUGAACUCACCACGAACCUCAGAGAUCAGAGAGAAGGUGGCAGCAUUGGUCGAGCUACGUAUAAGCAGCCAUUGCACUUAUGGGACAAAACUUCAGGAAAUCUAACCAACUUCACUACCCAUUUCUCUCUCAUUAUAGACUCAGAAGAUAAAUUCCAGUACGGUGAUGGACUGACAUUUUUCCUGGUUCCGAAUGGCUCAAAAGCUUCUCCUGAAACGAGAUCAGGCGGUAAUCUUGCCCUGGCAAUCAAUGAUAGUGUUGCAUUAGACACUCAACUGAACAACUUCGUGGCUGUGGAGUUUGAUACCUUUACAAAUCCUUGGGAUCCAGAUGACGAUCAUAUUGGUGUUGACAUCAGGUCCAUGAGAUCAGUUGUUACUGCUCCUUGGUUAAGUAAUAUAAGACAAGGGAAUCGAACAGAUGCUUGGAUUACGUAUGAUUCAAGCCAAAAACUUUUGCAUGUUAGUUUCACUUAUGUUCAUCGUUCUAAUAAUUCAAUUAUGCAUGGCAACUUAUCAGCUAAAGUUGAUUUGGCCAAGUUUUUACCUGAAUGGGUAACUUUCGGCUUCUCUGGCAGUACAGGAUCUUUAUCUCAGAUAAACAGAAUCACAUCAUGGGAGUUCAGUUCAAGCUCAGAAAUUGUAGAUGCUAUAACGAUUAGCAACUCAGAUACUGAACCAGCUGCAGCAGGAAGUGGAAGUAAUAGAGGACUCAUGGCAGGAUUCAUUGUUGGAGCAUGUAUUUUGAUUGUUAGUUUGGGUUUCGUUUUAUUUCGUUUAUGGGGAAAGAAAAAGAAAGAAGAGAAAAGAGAUGAUCUUGUCUUUGAGUUAUCGCUGGAUGAUAAUUUCAAGAAUGGGACAGGACCCAGAAAAUUUUCUUACGAUGAACUAGCUGUAGCCACCAAUAAUUUUUCAGAGAACGAGAAGCUUGGCGAAGGAGGUUUUGGCGCAGUUUAUAGAGGAUUCCUGAAGGAUCUCAAUUACUAUGUUGCUGUUAAGAGGGUGUCGAGGGAAUCUAAACAAGGGAUCAAAGAGUAUGCAGCAGAAGUGAAGAUCAUCAAUAGAAUGAGGCAUAGAAAUUUGGUGAAGCUCAUUGGUUGGUGCCAUGAAAAAGAACUACUUCUUGCAUAUGAGUUGAUGCCUAAUGGAAGCUUAGAUUCCCACCUUUUCAAUGGCAGAAGCUUGCUCACAUGGGAUUUCAGGUACAAAAUUGCACAAGGAUUAGCAUCUGCAUUACUAUAUUUACACGAGGAAGGUGAUCAAUGCGUGCUUCAUAGAGAUAUCAAAUCGAGUAACAUCAUAUUGGAUUCAAAUUUUGAUGCUAAACUUGGAGAUUUCGGAUUAGCCAGGCUUGUCGACCAUGGGAAAGGAUCUCAAACAACAGUUUUAGCAGGAACUAUGGGCUACAUGGCUCCUGAAUGUUUCACAUCUGGGAAAGCUAGCAAAGAAUCAGAUGUAUACAGUUUUGGAGUUGUUGCUUUGGAAAUAGCUUGUGGAAGAAGAGCUGUGGAACCAAGAUUCCAGGAAAAUCAAACAAGAAUCGUGGAAUGGGUUUGGGAACUCUAUGGAAUUGGAAAACUUCUUGAAUCUGCUGACCCCAAAUUGUGCAGGGAUUUUGAUGAGCAAGAAAUGGAGCGGCUGCUGAUUGUUGGACUCUGGUGUGUGCAUCCUGAUGCGAGAUUUCGUCCUUCAAUACGGCAAGUGAUUAAUGUGCUUUCUACUUGUGAGGCUCAGGCUCAGGCUCCUCUGCCUAUUCUUCCACCUGAAAUGCCAGUGCCGGCUUAUCUUUCUCCGCCGAUGAAAUUGUCCAUAUCAUUCCUAAUGGCAUCCUGUGGUUCUGCUGCCAACAGUGACAAAAAUGAUUCGUCAAAAUUGACAUCGUCUUCUGGGACAUCAUCUCCUUCUGUGUCGCUAUUGCUAAACACUAGGUAAGUUCAAGAUCAAUGUUUUCUUCCCAAGAUUUCUGUGUAUUUCAUUUGUAAUUAGUCUCUGUCAAAUGUAAUCAUGCAUAAUUUGGUUAAGAUUAUUUCAGUUUUUAGUUAGCUAUUUAUUUUAUUA